AAUCUUGCUUGACAGCCAUGGUUGUUAUUUACUUUCCUUUUAUGGAAAAGGUCAGCUUGAACGUUCUGCAGUAAAUAAAAACAAUUUGUCCCAUGGAAGAAACAAAGCCAUACAGGUUUCAAAAGUCAUUAAGUUGAGUAAAUAAUUACUGAAUUUUCAUUUUUGGGGGAACUAUUCCACAAAGAGGCCCUUCCACUCUUUUAACCUGAUUGACCUGGUUAACAAAUAGUUUCUUACUAUUUAACUCGAAUUUUAGGAAACACGACAUGCUUAAUUAAUUCGCUUCCUCUUGUCUGCCCUAUUCAGAUGGUAAUGCUGAGCUCGCUGACAGAUCUACUUAGCUUUAUUGAUGAAAAUCAACUGAGCACUGAGUUUGGUGGUACCCUGGAGCAAUGCCAUAGCGACUGGAUAGUUUUGCGAACGGCCAUAGAGAGUUUUGCAGUUACAGUGAAGGAAAUAGCUCAGCUGCUUCAGACCUUCGGCACAGAGCUGUCUGAGAUCGAGCUGCCAGAUGAAGCCAACGGUAUCGAGUAUCUCCUCAGAUCACACACUGAGAAAUACAGGAAGAUGAAGGACGACAUCAGGUCAGUUAUGAGAGAGGGACGCCAACUGCUCUCAAGCCUUGAGGCCUCUAAGGCAGCGGAGGGGGCUGCAGCUGAAGACAGAGACAUCAGUCAAGACAAAGAAAGAGUGCAGAGGCUCUUGACACAGCUAAGGGACAUGGAGAUGGCUUUCGAUGGCUUUUUUGAGAAGCACCACCUCAAGCUCCAGCAAUACCUACAACUACUCCAUUACGAGCUGAGCUUCCAUGAGAUGGAGGCCAUUCUGGAGAAACUCAGUACACAGGAGAAAGCCAUCACAGCUGUGGGGACAACAGUAGCCCAGACAGAGCAGCUGCUCAAAGACCUGGAGAUGCUGGAGAUCACAGCAGAGGAAGAAAUGGGCCGUGCUCAGAUUAUUAUUCUGCAUGGGCAUCAGCUGGCAGCGAAUCAUCACUACGCUCUUGCCCUAAUAGUUCAACGCUGUAAUGAACUUCGGCAUCACUGUGACAUGCUCACAACAGCUCUGCGUGCCAAACGGGCAGCUCUCACACGUAUACGAGACCUUCUGGUGCGGCUGGAGGAGACUGUGCGUUGGUGUGAUAAGGGGGCUUAUCUGUUGGCUAACCAAAUGCUGGAUAAGUUUCAGUCCAAAGAGGGGGCACAGGUAGCCCUGCAGGACAUUGAGAGAUUGAUGGAGACGGCGCCCUCAAUCCUGCGGUCAAGUCCGGACAUUCUUAGUCUGGAGUUUGAGGCCAUACUCACACCUCAGCUGCAGUCUCAGAUAGAAGCUGUCACAGAGAAGUUAUCCACAGUGCAGCGAAUGAUCCAGAGCAGACAGGCCUGUCUGAGGAAACUGGCUGAUAUUCAGGUCAGACCCAUCCAGCUGGUUGCUCCAAGGCCUGAGAACUCACCAUGCUGCAAAUCUCCUCUUUUCUCUCCCAAACAUAGCUUUGAUGUAAACUCCAGUUUGAGGUUUUCUUUUGAUCUUGCACUCCCUGGUAAAAGAGCCUCACGGAAAUGUACCAGGACUAAGAAGAUAGAAGUGAUGCACGACUAUGAGGAGAACCGCAGCUGCUUGUCUUACGGCCCUGAGGGAGUUGAAAACCCAGACCAGCACAAACGCCAUAUAAUGAAGGAGCUGAUCGAGACGGAGAGAAUCUAUGUGGAGGAGCUGCUGUGUGUUUUGCUGGGUUACAGGGCGGAGAUGGAUAACCCAUCUCUCUCUAUCAUACUGCCAUCUGUAUUGCGAAACAAGAAAGAGGAGCUGUUUGGAAAUCUGCCGGAGAUCUAUAAAUUUCACAGCGGGAUAUUCCUGCAGGAUAUUGAGAGCUGCUUAGAGACCCCAGAGAGAGUUGGAGCACGCUUUCUGGCAAGGAAAGAGAAUUUUCAGGUCUACGAACGCUACUGCCAGAACAAACCUCGCUCAGAUGCUCUCUGGAGGCAAUGUUCUGAUUCUGCCUUCAUUCAGGAGUGCAAGAGAAAGCUGGAUCACAAAUUAGGCUUGGACUCAUAUUUGCUGAAACCUAUUCAACGUCUAACAAAGUACCAGCUUCUUUUAAAGGAACUUCUAAAACACAGCUCAGACUCGCAGUAUGCAUCUGAGCUGCAGGGGGCACUAAAUGCCAUGCUGGACCUCCUCAAGUCUGUCAAUGACUCCAUGCAUCAGAUUGCCAUCACUGGUUAUGAGGGUGUACUGAGUGACCUAGGACGUGUCCUGAUGCAGGGGUCUUUCAAUGUGUGGAUCAACCAUAGGAAAGGCCCUACACGUAUGAAGGACAUGGCUCGCUUUAAACCCAUGCAAAGGCAUUUGUUCCUCCACGAGAGAGCUCUGCUUUUCUGCAAGAAGCGAGAGGAGAGUGGAGAAGGACAUGAUCGGACAGCCUCUUACAGCUUCAAACACUGCCUCAUGAUGAGUGCUGUUGGUAUCACAGAAAACAUCAAAGGGGAUGUGAAGAAAUUUGAAAUCUGGUACAAUGGUAAAGAAGAGGUGUAUGUUGUUCAGGCUCCAACAGUAGAGGUGAAAGUCGCAUGGCUCACUGAGAUUAGAAAAAUCCUCAAAAAUCAGCAGAAGAUUGUGAAAGGUGAUGCUCACCCGUGUCAAGAUGUAGAGCAGCCUUUAUUUCCACCCUUGGUGGACAGUGUGAGGCAUAUGUCCGAAUGCAUGCCCUGGAGUUCCACACAGAUCACUGGCUGCUCAGGUUGUUUUGAUGUCCUUCCUCACAGCAAGCUCCAGGGGCCGUCUAUUAGCUCAGAGGAGGCCGAUUCAGCCCGUGCAAGCCCUGUUCUGACACAUCCAGUCAUAGUGUCUCCACGUCCCCAGCCCCACAACCGCCACAGCUGGCCAGGCACUUCUCACUCAGUGGACAUUUGUGAAGGUCUGGAGGACCGGACCAGUGACCUCUCAAACAUCUCAGACUCUGAUGAAGAUGACAAUGUGCUGCUGGUUCCUGGAAGGUACAGAGCAAUGGUGGACAACCUGAAGUGUGGCAAGGAUGAUGUUAUCAUCAAAUGUGGUGAUGUCAUUCACGUACUUCAGGAGAGUGCCACGGGACUUUGGAAUGUUAAGAAUUUGACACGCGGAGGUGAAGGAAAACUCCCUGUUGAUACACUGUUGAGAAUGCUUGGAGAUGCAGGCAGAAGUCCCUCCAUUAGGCCGGGAGGUGAGUUCAUGGUACGGGAGAUAUAAACAGCAGGAAGCCCAGCAACACCUAAAUAGAUCAACCACAUGUACACAAAGCUUCCACCAUGUGACAACCCUAAAGGCCAUUACUGUCAUCCAGGAGUCCUGUCACGCCACCUGACGCAAACACAAG